AUGAACGCCAAUGCAAGGACUGCUGCCCUCAUUCGGAACUGGAUGGUCCUUGUCGACACAGGCCGUAGAGAAGACGGGGGCUCGGCGUCCGCGUGGAUCUUCGAAGUUUGUUGGCAGGACGCUGGAUGUAGGGUCUCCCAGAUCAUGGCCAUGGCUGGCUGCUUCCACGAAGGGCGCGACCCGGCGGUGGCCCGGCGGGCUGAGGGCCAGGUCUGGAGAGCAACGCCGGCGCCGACGGUGCCCGGGCGGAGUCACGAGUGCCUGCUCGGCAGCGUGGGCGGGGCGAAGGUCUUGGUCGAGGUCGGAGAGGACGCGGAAGCGGGCGGCCGGUGGGCCUUGCGCGAGGAGGCGCCGACUGCCACCGCUGAGAAUUGCGGCGACUCCGCAGAGGCAGCGGGCGGGUGGCGGCAGCGGGGCGCUGCCGCGUGCGUGGGCGCUGCAGCGGCCGCCCCAGGGCACAGGAGCGGCGUGCGCGGGCGAGGUCGGGCAGCCAUCGGGCACGGGCGUGGCCGACGGGACGAGGCGCCCGCCGAGCCGGGGGCGACGGGCUGGAGGCAGUUCGACUGGCGCGGGGGCGCCGCGGAGGGCGCGGGCGCGGCGGAGGGCCAGAAGGACCCAGGAGACGAGGAGUACUCCCUGCGCGUCGACUUCGACGAGGCCGCCUGCCUCGCCGGCCCGCUGUCGGAGUACCACGCUGUCUUCGAAGCGCCCGCGGCGCUGAGGCCGCCGGAACCUGAGCGGAGGCGGAUAAAUAUGAAGUACAAGACGAUAAAGAUCGGGCCCGUCGAGGCGCCCCCGAGCGUCUCGGUGCUCACGCACAAGGGCGCGCCGGCCGAGUCCGAGGCCCCGCCGGAGAUCUCGCUGGCGUGCGUGGCUCCGUCGCAGGGCGCCGGCAGCGUGGUCAGCCCGGUGUGCCGGCGGGUGCACCCGCACGUCGUGGUGCCUCUGGGCGGGCUGGUGUUCGUGCUGCCCUCCGAGGGCGGGGGCCAGGCGGUGCUCUGGUCCCCGGAGGAGGUCCACCGUCUGUGCAUGCCCCAGACCAAGCUCGAGUUACUCGUGGAGGAGGAGCUCAGGUACUACUACGCUGGCACUGCCCUGCCGACCCAGACCACGCACUUGAGCCGCACCACGUCCAAGAAUUAUUCACCGCUCCUGACAACGAGCAUCGAUGGUAUGGUCUGCAUCUACCGGCCCACCGGCGACUCCAGCGACAUUCGCAUCGUCGACGAGGGCGCUGGGAUUUUGCGGCGCGAGUGCUGGGACAGGGCCGUCGGCGGCCAGAGCCCGGAAGAGAGCUUCGACCCCAAAGUUCAGGCUGGCCGCGUUCCGAACCGCACAGUGGAGUGUGUGGUCAAGCCUGGCACUGCAGUGGCAGUCUCGGCGCACCUCAUCGACGACUCGUGGUACUCCGCCGCGAAGGACGGUGGCGGGGGCGUGCACCUCCACCAGAAGCUCGUGCCCCCUGGUACGCCUUUUCUGCCAGGCAAGCCGUCGCUGAAGAGCGAUAAAGACUGGUGGGUGGUGGAGCUGCUCCAGGACCCGGGCUCGGCAGAGCAAGGGGUGUGCUGGCUGGUCGUCCGUCCUGCGCGCCUCUUCGAGAUCCCCGCCGCCCCGGAGCCGGCGCCGCCGCACACGGCGAAGGCGGCGUCCUUCUGGCACGUGCCGUUCGUGAACGGCGAGGUGGUGGCAUCGCUCUCGCCCGUCGCGCUGGCCCACGAGGUGACCCUGAGCAUCGGCCGCAGCCCCUCCGAGCCGCACUGCGUGACGGCGGCGCUCGACGAGUCCGGGCCCGCCGGCGCCGGCUCCGGGCGCCCAGCGGCGGCGGACCCGCGGCGGCCCGCGGCCGCGGGCGUCGGCCCGCAGCGGAAGCCCGGGGGAGCGAGGCUCACCCUGAUCCGAGACUCCGUCCAGGGCGCCUCAGAUUCGUGCAGCACUCGCCGCUGGGCCCCCCGGCCCGCGGCAGCGUUCUGGGCGGCUGGCAGGAGGCGCCUGCCAGCUACACGGACCUCCAGAGGAGCCCAGGCUCCUCGAGGUCGACCUCGCAGGGUUCGCGGGCGGUGCCCCAGCGGACGCUGCCGAGCCCGGCGGACGGAUUGGUCUGCCGUGCGGAUGUGGGCGAGAGAGACUCGUCGGUGGUCGUGA